UGUAUUAAUCUAUGAGAUACUUUAGCCAGCUCAUCUAUAGCAUUAUAGCAUAAAAAUCAAAAUCUACACUUGAUUUGGAAUACAAUCAAUUUCAAAAAAAAUAAAAAAAACACUCAAAACUAGCAAAGAUCACAAAUUUAAAAACUCAAUUAGCAAAGUUUCUUAAUUUAGUACCCAAAAAAAAAAAACAAAACUCGCAAAGAAAGACGAAAAUCAGAAAAUCACUAAACUACCCAAAUUCGGGCAUAAAAACAAUUGUUCUUGGUUGAUCUGAUCACCAUCUUAUUUAGCUUUGCAAAAUCACUUCUUUUUCCUUCUCCCAAUUACUGCGUUUACUCUUCUUUGUGUUUCUAGAUCUCUGGAUUCUUAUUCUCUCUCAUCCAUAAUUUGAAUCAUCAAGAUCAAAUUCAGCCCCACCCAAAUCCAUUACAAAAGAUGGCAACGCAGGCAGAAAGUCCUGCCAGCACUCCAAGUGCUCAAAUAGUUGGCAAUGCUUUUGUGGAACAGUAUUACCUCAUUCUUCACCAAUCACCAGAGUUGGUUUACAGAUUUUAUCAAGAUUCAAGUGUGCUGAGUCGCCCAGAUUCGAAUGGGGUUAUGACAUCUGUUACAACCAUGCCUGGAAUUAAUGAAAAAAUUGUGUCUUUGAAUUACAAAGAUUAUGUUGCUGAGAUAAAGACUGCUGAUGCUCAGCUAUCCCUGGGGGGUGGAGUGAUUGUUUUGGUUACUGGUUACAUGACUGGAAAGGAUAAUGUGAAAAAGAAAUUUGCACAAUCAUUCUUUUUGGCCCCUCAAGAGAAAGGUUUUUUUGUCCUAAAUGACGUCUUCAGGUACGUAGAAGAUGAAGAAUCAGCAGUGGCAGCCUCAGAUCCUGUUAAUGUUGCUGUUGAACAUGUGGAAGAAGCUCCGCAGGCAUCAGAGCCAGAGCAGCCUCCUCCAGCUCCAGUCCAUAAUGGACCAGUUCCUGAAUCCUCGUAUGAGGAGGAUCUUACUAAUGAGGCUGAAGUAUGUGAUCCCUCGGAUAAUGAAGAUGGGUCAGUAACUGAAGAGGAGGUUAUUGACCCCCCAAGUCAGUUAAAUCAGAGCAAGGCUGUAACUGUCACUUCAGAGCUAUCUGCCUCUCAAGAUGAUGGACCCAAGAGAUCCUAUGCAUCAAUUCUGAAGGCUAUUAAGGCCAAUAUAUCACCUGUACCUGUCAAAGCACCUGUGUCUAACGUCAAGGUCAAGCCUCCAACUAGAAACCAGGAAGUCACUGUGAAACCUGCUCUAGUAUCAGAGUCAUCAGCUUCCACCAGUGAAACUGGUCCUGAAAAAAGCGAUGUUCCUGAGGAAGCUGAAGGUCACUCCAUAUAUGUGCGAAAUUUGCCACAAAAUGCAACUUCUGCUCAACUUGAGGAGGUCUUUGCAAAAUUUGGGCCAAUUAAGCAAGGUGGUGUCCAAGUAAGAAGUAAUAAGCAGGGUUUCUGCUUUGGUUUUGUCGAGUUUGAAUCCGCGAGCUCCAUGAAAUCUGCAAUUGAGGCCUCUCCCAUUUUGAUAGGGAGCCGUAAAGCUGUAAUAGAAGAAAAGAGAACUACAACUCGAGUAUCUGCUGCUGCAACUCCUAAUAGUGGAAGAGGGAGGUACCCAUCUUCAAGGGGUGGCUUUCGCAGUGAGAGCUUUAGAGGUCGUGGAAACUUUGGUGGAGGUCGUGGUUAUGGAAGAAGCGACUUUAGAAAUCAGGGUGAGUUUUCAGGUAAACCUAGGGGUGGAGCUGGAAGAGGAGCUGAGGGUUAUCAACGAGUUGAUCAGAAUGGAACUGGAAACACUGGUCGUCAAGGUGGACAGAAGUAGAUGAGGAACAAUAUUUUGAUUUGUUUGGUAUACACGUGAUGAGUUUUUCUAUUAACUGUUAAUUUAGGGUUUAGGCACUGCUGGAUCCUUGAUCCUUUCGAAUGCGGCUUUUAAUUUUUUAAUAUUUUUUUUUGGAUUUCUAAUAUAUGAAUUUAGAAAUUUGAUUAUUUUCCUAAUAAUAAUGUGCCAAUUUUCACUUACAAUUUUUUGUUGGCUCAUGAUGGCCUGGUUGCCGUUGUCUGGUGGAUUUUGUAUGAUGUUUCUAAAUUCAUGUUCUUCUCGA